AUGGCCGUCGUUUCCAAAGACAGUUUACCGCCUUUCGGCCAUGCGCUCGCCGGUUCAGCGGGGGCCAUGUUUGCCUUGGCACUGGUUUAUCCAUUAGAUAUCAUUAAAACUCGGAUCCAAGUGCAAGCGAAGCAUGAGAACAUUGAUGAAAAAGACCAGGAGAAUUACAAAUCGGCCAUGGACGGGAUACUGCAAAUCCUCAACAAGGAAGGCAUCAGUGGAUUGUAUGCCGGUCUAGGCAGUUCGCUGUUCGGGACGGCGUUCACCAACUUUACCUACUUUUACUGCUACUCACUGAUACGCGCUUCUUACAAUCGACGAUACAACCGUACCGGAGGAACGUUAUCGACAGCCUUGGAACUGGCACUGGGCGCCGCAGCUGGAGCGCUCACCACGUUAGUGACCACUCCCGUUUCCGUGGUGACGACUCGUCAGCAGACGUUGCCUAUCAGCGAACGACAAAAUCUUGUACGCACAUGCAAAUCGAUCAUCAAGGAGGAAGGCGUUGAGGGAUUAUGGCACGGCAUCAAACCAUCGCUCAUUCUCUGCGUCAACCCCGCCAUCACUUACGCCAGUUUUGAAAAGAUCAAACAAUUUGUACUCAAAUCAUUGUCUGUGACAUCACUUUCACCGGGCUUGUCCUUCUUGGUGGGUGCGUUGAGUAAGACAUUGGCCACCGUUAUCACGUAUCCGUACAUCAUGGCCAAAGUCCGAUUACAAUGGAAACCGUCCAAAGACAUGAAAGAUCGCGUCGUCGCUUACAAGGGAGCUUUGGAUGUACUUAGUCGUGUGCUAAAAACGGACGGAUUCUUCGGCUGGUACAAGGGCAUGAGUACGCAGAUCACCAAAGCGGUUUUGUCGCAAGCGUUACUGUUCAUGAUGAAAGAUAUCUUUACCAACUACACUGUCCUCCUUUUCGCCUUGGUGCGAGCAACGCGACAAAAAGUGGUUCAAUAG